GCGCCAUCUAGGUCGGCAUAACCUUUUUGCAAACAGCUGCGUACGAAGCAGGAGUUGAGGAUUUUCUUGUGGACGAAAUAAAAAAAGAUCAGCUGAGAUGGAAUACCUUAAAUACGAAAACAUUUGGAUCACGAAAUGUAUUUACGAAGAUGCUGAGACAAAGUACUACGAGAAUUUGGCAAAGGCAUCCGUAACUCCUUUGGCAGGUGAAGUUGCCAAGGCACGACAACUUCUUAUUGAAAGUAGGGAAUCUUUUAAAGAUUUAGCGAGCUUGCAGACGUCGGCACCAGAAAUCCAGUCCAUUGACCCAGGCGCGAUCAAGUUCUUGGAGAAAAAGACCCUAGAAUUUGAAAAGUCAAUCAACACAAUUCUCUCUAGAAUUGAACAACUGGAUCUGCGUCUGUCUAAACUUGAAAAACAAACCACACCAGCUAGACCUCUUCAAGAAGGCAAAGUUACGUCAACCGCAAAGGCCACGGCAACCGUAAAACCCAACGCCUCUAAAUUGGAGGACGAUGAUGACGUGGAUUUGUUUGCGUCAGAUUCAGAAGGGGAAGAUGAGGCUGCUGCCAAGAUCAGGGAGGAGCGUCUUGCCGCAUACAACGCCAAGAAAUCCAAAAAGCCUGCUUUAAUCGCAAAGUCCAACGUAAUUCUCGACGUCAAGCCCUGGGAUGAUGAAACUGACAUGAAGGAGCUGGAAAAUCAAGUGAGGAAGAUUUCGUCCGAAGGUUUACUGUGGGGGGCUGCUAAACUCGUACCUCUGGCAUAUGGGAUUCAUAAGCUACAAAUUUCGUGCGUCGUGGAAGAUGAUAAGGUUUCAAUUGACUGGUUGCAAGAUGAAAUCACGGCUAUUGAGGAUUAUGUUCAGAGUGUGGAUAUCGCUGCCUUCAACAAAAUAUGAACGGAGAUUAGCAACCCUUCUUUUUUAUGUUUCAAAUUUACACCCCCUUAAUUUACAAUAAAAAGUCUACAACUUC